UGCCCCUGGAAACCACCCAGCGCGACCGCGACGUGACGAUUCAAGAUGGCGAAAGACCUGGAUGAGCUGUUAGACGAGGUUGAGUCCAAGUUUUGCAGACUAGACCCACUGAGACUGGGAAUGGUCGAGCGGCCCAGUGGCGGCGGCAGCAGGAGCCUCAGCAGCGACCGGAACCGAGCCGAGGCGAAAGAGUCUCUCAGAUCAACAGAAACGUUUAGAAAAGAAGAUGAUCUUGACAGGCUUAUUAAUGAAAUAUUUGAAGAGCCCAACUUUGACAAAAAACCCAUUAAAUUAAAAUCUAAAUCUUCAGGUAACACAUCUGUCAGAGCUUCCAUUCAAGGCCUUGGUAAAAGCUGCAGCCCAGUGUACCUUGGUGGAAGCGCUGCUCCACGUGGGAUUGGGACCAGUACUUCACAGAGUUCUUUUUCUCUGAACAGAACAUGUGACCAUCUGCGUUGUAUAGUGUGUGAUUUCUGGAUAGUAAGCUACGAUGACUACAUGUGGGAUAAAUCAUGCGAUUAUCUGUUUUUCAGGAACAACAUGCCAGAAUUCCACAAAUUAAAAACAAAGUUGGUAAAGAAGAAAGGAACGCGGGCAUAUGCUUGCCAGUGUAGCUGGAGAAGUGUUGAAGAACUGACUGACCUUCAGACCGAUCACCAGCUUCGUUGGGUUUGUGGUAAACAUUAAGAAUGCAGAAUUUUCACAUUCAGACAAAUGCAUCCAUGAGAGCAGUCUCCAUUAAUCAUCAUAAUAUUUAGGUAAAGGUACAUAGCAGUAUUGUGCCCUUUGGAAAAAGAUGGGAAAUUUCAUUUGAUGACUGUACGAAUUUUCAAAGAUCAAAUGGACUUGGCAAGAAAAUGCACUUUAACAUUUUGGAACUAUUCCUUUGUUGAUAUAUGGACACUUCACUUAGUAAGUAAGGUAAGAAGUUAUCCAAAUUCUUCUUUGCUAGCCUAUCUCCUGUUAAAUGGAAGUUUAAUUAUGGAUUUUCAUACAGAUAUAUAGCCAUUUGUUAGCAACUGCAGUAUUACUGACUGCUAAUAUGCUUAGCGUAAACAUUCCUCACUUAUAGCAUUUAAAGGGGAUAAAGCCAGCCAGUGCAGAGAGGUCGUUGAGGAGUGUGUACAUCACCUCCUCAAGUCUGUUGUUGCCAAAGAUCAUAAUUUAGACAUGGCAGAAACCAAGUGAUCUAACUAAAGGGUUUUGGGGGGUACACAUAUAUUGUAAAUGAAAAUACUGCCUAUAUCUGACCUUACCUUACCAACUCAAAGUGACAUUAUACACAGUAAUGAUAAGUAUAUAUUGCCAGUUUUAGCUUAUUUCUCCUCUUGUUCAUUUAGAUAUCAGAAGUUAUUUAGUUUGCUACUUUAGCGAAUAUACAUUUAUAUAUUAAAAAAUUUUUUUGAUGUACCUAAAAUCACAAGGAAAAUUCCUAAUAUAGACAGGUCAGUUUUGGAUUUUGCAAGUACUUUCUAGCCUUUAAUGCCUAAAACUCC